CCUCGAGCUGCCGGACCUGGCCCUACCUUCGCGCAUCGCCGUAGACCCUUCCUUUCAUUGGGACUCGGCAUCUUUUUGUUCGUCUCCUCCCAUCUGCUUGUGCUUGGUACGGUACGUGAACGAACGUGUGCACACGCGAUACUGGUCGACCCUGUGCGUCCCAUUCAUACCCUAUCGUCCCAUUCACACCUCAUCCUCCCUUUCUUCUCUUCACCUUUGCGCCCAGCCUUGCUUCUCCCAAACCGUCUGGUCCACCCCAUCCCUCCGCCCGUCAUCCACUUGUGCAACAACACACGGGCUUAAUAUUCUUCCCGUGCGCCUGUUCUGCCUUCUGCCUUGCCCUGUCUCGCAUCUUAUGACGUCGGGUUCUCCGGGGACAACUGUGCCUCAUCAGACUCUGAGGUGGUCAUCACAGCUAAUCAAACUGUAUCUCCGUCCACAGACAGUAACGUCGCUGCGGGAAACCACCGGCUCUCAUCUAAUCUCAUCUCGGUCUCCUCUCGACUGACGUCGGCUCGCACUAUCCGACUGAUUUUAUUUUCCCCGUGCCCUUUGGGACCUCCUUGCUUCUACGGUCCUUGUUCCUUCAUCUUUCGAAUUGCCUUCGACCACCUCCCGCUCGCCAUCAACAACAGCCUCUGUGGCCUUGUUGACCACUCACCCUUCUCACGCGCAGAAGCAUCGGAGGUUUUCCUGAUUUGGUUCGACUAAACUGGAUUGGCUUUUUCACGCCACUACGAUUCCAACGAGAAAAGACGAGACGAAAUCUGGCCAUCCUCCUCGCUGUCGAGUCAAUUGUCCCCAAUUGGCUUUGUCUUUCCGGUCCCGUCCAACCGCAGCCUCCUCCCGCACCGUGAGAGGGAGCUUGAAGCAGAGUUUUGCCUCGCUGUCUGGACCCCCGAGGAUCCCAAGACCGACGUCACAGCUGCCGAAGUUCGACCUCGAGAAGCGUCCAGGAAACAGCCGAGCUCCCCCUGAAGCUGUGCAACUGUUGGCUGGUCGCGCACCAGGAGGAUUUGAGGCGACCCACCCAACCAACCCCGGCUUAGGGCAGCCCAGUCGCUGCUUGCUGCUGCUGCUCGCUGCACUCAGGCUCAAUAAGCCCGUCAGCACUACCUCGGGCCGUUUCGCGAGCUCUCGACCCCUCCUCGAGCUCCUGAUCAUCACCACAGGGACCCACCUGCUCGCGUCCCUAGCCCGCCCCGCCUUCCGAAGUCCCCCCGUUCCUCAGGUGGACCCUGUCCUUGUGCCUUGCGCAUCUCUGGGCCAUUCCAAAACAGCACCGGACCGUGCUAAUACGGUACUCGUGCCAUACCGCCGAUCCCGCCAACAUGGGUAUCUUCUCCAGAAAAGACAAGUCCGCCAGGGGCAUCACAUCCAAGCCAUCCCUCACAACCGUGCAAUCCCAAGUCAGCCUCGAUUCAGGGAGCUCCAGCAUCAAGUCCCCAGCGGGCACCUUCAGCUCGCGGGCCCUGAAUCGCAGCUCUGCCGGCACAAACAACACCUCGGCGCCAAACACGCCGCUGUCGCCCUUUUCCCCACAGGUCCCCAAGAUCGACCUCCCGAAGCCCCCAGACCCGGAGCUCGACCCUGCUGGCUACCUCAGGAACCUGGCCGCAGUGAGGGAGAGGUCCAGGGUCAUAACCACCAAGGCUGUCAAGAAUGAGCUCAAACAUUUCGAUGUGGACAUGCGAAAGUUCCCCGAGGUGGUGAGCUUCGUUUCUAGCAUCAUCAGGAGAGACUACGACGCGCCAUUCACAUCCAUCCCCGCGCACGGCAGGCACCAGCACUUCUGUGUGGGCGGCCGGGAUCGGAUCGCACACCUGCUCUCAACAUGGGAGAACGUGGACAGCACUGAGAAGUGCCGGCGCCUGAUCGAUUUGUUCCUGGUUAGUGUUCUGCUGGAUGCCGGUGCAGGCACACAGUGGAGCUACAAGAGCACCGAGAAUGGGCGCAUCUACAGGAGAUCCGAGGGCCUUGCAAUCGCAAGCCUGGAGAUGUUCAAGACGGGAAUGUUCUCGGGCGACAAGACAAGCAAAUACCAAGUCGACAAGGAUGGGCUGCGCAGCCUGACUCUCGAACAGGUGGCCAAGGGCCUGCAGUCGAAACCCGGCAACGAGAUGGCAGGCCUCGAGGGGCGCACUGAGCUCCUCAUCAGGCUCGCAGACGCACUCGACUCCAACAAGGAGUUCUUUGGCGAGAACGGCCGCCCUGGCAACAUGCUUGACUACCUCCUAACCCACCCCUCCACACAAGCCUCGUCGAUGCCCAUCGUGCCGCUACCGACGCUCUGGAACGUCCUCAUGUCAGGAUUAGCGCCCAUCUGGCCCCAAUCGCGCACGGCCAUCAAUGGUAUCUCGCUAGGCGACGCCUGGCCAUGCUCCUCCAUGCCCCAGCCCGCCACGGCCACGUCGCCGACCAGCGGCGGCCCGAGCUUCAGCCCGUUCCCCAACACGUCCUCCGGCGGCGGCCGCUCCGGGUCCGCAGCAGCCUGGGAGUCCAUCCUGCCGUUCCAUAAGCUGACGCAGUGGCUCACCUACUCGCUGAUGCAGCCCAUGCAGCAGCUCAUGAAGAUCCACUUUGCCGGCCAGGAGCUCCUCACCGGCCUGCCCGAGUACAGGAACGGCGGCCUGUUCGUCGACCUGGGCGUCCUGACGCUCAAGCCCGACGACAUGGAGAGGGGCCUGCAGAACUACAAGGACUACUGCGUCAGGACUGGUGACCCCGGCAUCGAGGUCGCCCCCAUGUUCGAGCCCAGCGAUGACCUCGUGGUGGAGUGGCGCGGUGUCACAGUCGGCCUCCUGGACCGGUUAUGCGUAGAAGUCAACCAGUCGCUCAAGUCCGAGCUUGCGGGCAACGAGUUGACAUUACCCCAGAUGCUGGAAGCUGGAAGCUGGAAGGGUGGCCGUGAAAUUGCCGAGAUCAACCGGCCGAACACGAAGGAGCCGCCAAUCCUCAUUGACAGCGACGGCACGGUGUUCUAGUGGUGCGCCACCGCCUGUUUGUUUCCAAUCUAGAGAGAAGAGAGAGAGAGAGAGAGAGAGAGGUCGAUGACCAAGCAUGGAUCGAGUCUUAUCGAAUAUACCCCAAUGGUUUUUUCCCCUUUUCCUCGAGACGGGAGUUGGGCAAGGGAAGGGUAAAAUGGAAACGACCUGUACGAAAAAAAAAGAUUCGCCUAAUGUCAGCGGGGUUCAUUUUGGGUUUUUGUUUCUGUGUGGGAUAUUGUGUUGGGUUUUUAUUCAGAGAAAUCACUUUUGUAGUACAGUACGUAGCGCAGAUGCGUGGCCAACGCUUCAGAUGCAUGCGUUGGCUUAAAGAGCGCGCGUUUUGCGCACAUGGGCGGCCCGACAGUGGGCUUGGACAAAUUCAAUUCAAUGGAACACG